AUGGUCUUAGAUACAAUUGUGAAAAACGGCCUCAUAGUCACGGAAAGCGGAGUGCUUCCGGCUGGGCAAAGCAUAGGCAUUUCCAAUGGGAAAAUUUCUGUCAUAGGAUAUGACUUAGUCGAAAGCCCCCAUACCAAGAUCAUUGAUGCAGAGGGAGCCUAUAUCACGCCUGGCGGUGUUGACUCGCAUGUUCAUCUUGCCCAGAGCAACGCCCCAACUGGGGAUAAUUGGGAGACUGGAACUCGAAGCGCCGUUGCCGGUGGCACUACAACAGUGCUGGCCUUUACAUCACAGACAAAGGAGAUGCCAACUUUGUUUCCCGUCCUAGAGGAAUACCACAACAAAGCUCGUGGACAGGCCUAUUGCGAUUAUGGAUUUCACUUUAUUAUCACAAAGCCUAAUCCGACGAUCCUGCAACAAGAGCUACCGUUACUCGUCAAGGAAGGAAUCACAAGCGUGAAACUAUACAUGACUUACGAGUUAUACAAGCUAUCCGACCAUGAGCUUCUGGAUACAUUACUCGCAUGUCGCUCCCUGGGAAUGACGACAAUGAUACACGCAGAGAACGGCGACAUGAUCCAGUUCCUGGUCGAAGGACUAGAAAGAAACGGCAACACUGCACCAUUCUUCCAUGCGAUCGCCGGACCAAAGAUAGCCGAGGACGAAGCAUCCUACCGCGCAAUUCGACUCGCAGAACUAGUCGACGCCCCCGUCCUCCUAGUCCACGUGUCCGCCGACGGAGCUAUGAAGCACAUCAGAGACGCACAGACUCGACUCCUCCCCAUCCACGCUGAAACAUGUCCCCAUUAUCUCUUCCUGCUCUCCGACAGAUUAGCAAAUAAGGAGCACGACCAUUUCCACGGCGCAAAGGGCGUCUGCUCUCCACCUUUUCGCCACAACGUUGAAGAUCUAGAAGCUCUCUGGCGCGGAAUAGCCAAUGACACAUUCACCGUUUUCUCCUCCGACCACGCUCCAUCCAAAUAUGACCAUCCCCAGGGAAAGAAAGUAGGAAUCAUCAACGGGAUCCCGAAAUUCAGCAAGAUACCCAAGGGAAUUCCCGGUAUUGAGACGAGAUUGUCGCUUCUUUUCAGUGAAUCAGAAGGCUGUGUUCCAAAAGAGCGCGCUAGACUCAGUCUUGCUCGCUUCGUGCAGCUGACGUCUGGGAAUCCGUCGAGACUGUAUGGACUUCCGCAGAAAGGGUUCAUUUUGCCGGGAUUCGAUGCGGACCUCGUCAUCUGGCACGCAGGUGAUAAGGGUGAAAGAACGAUUUCGCAGGUUAAUUUGCACCAUGAUGUGGAUUAUACACCGUUUGAAGGGAUGCGAGUGAGGAAUUGGCCUCGGUUUACUAUGCUGCGCGGUGAGAUUGUCUGGAAUGCAGAUGAGAAUAUGGUUAGUGGCGUGAAAGGAUUUGGACAAUUUAUCAAACGCAAGACUGGGCGUGUGUUGGUUGGAAAGACUGGCCAACUUCCAGCUGGUAUGAUGGAGGGAGAGCGUAAAUUCUGGCUGCCUAAAAAAAAGGACUGA